CCGCGGCCAGGAGCGGGCUUCGGUGAAAAGGAGCCGGGAGCCCCGCGCCCCGCGCGCCUCAGCCCGGCUCGCCGCCCGCCCGGGCCCCCUCUGAGGUCCCCGUCCCAGGGCCCUCACGAGCGGCCCUUGCCUCCCGUCGGCGCGCGACUUCGCGGGAGAUCGCCUUUCCGGGUUGGCGGGCCGGUUGCCCGGGUAACGCGGGAGUCGGUGCGGCGCCGAGCGCCCGGCCCUGGGCCUGAUCUGGGCCGGCUUGGGGGCCGCGGCCAUCGGCGGAGCGCGGCGGCGGGACCGACCACCUGUGCGCGCCGCCCCCCGCCCGCACCCGUCCCCGCCGCGGCCAUCGCUGGGGAGGCCAGGCCAUCCCGCGGCCCCGGAGCGUCCCCGCCAUGAAGCCCAACUUCUCCCUGCGGCUGAGGGUCUUCAGCCUCAACUGCUGGGGCAUUCCCUACCUGAGCAAGCACCGGGCCGACCGCGUGAAGCGCCUGGGAGACUUUCUGAACAUGGAGAGCUUCGACCUAGCUCUGCUGCAGGAGGUGUGGAGUGAGCAGGACUUCCAGUACCUGAGACAGAAGCUGUCACCCACCUACCCAGCUGCCCACUACUUUAGGAGUGGCAUUGUUGGUAGUGGCCUCUGUGUCUUCUCCAAACAUCCAAUCCAGGAAAUCACCCAGCACAUCUACACCCUCAAUGGCUACCCCUACAUGAUCUAUCAUGGGGACUGGUUCUGUGGGAAGGCUGUGGGGCUGCUGGUGCUCCAUCUGAGUGGACUGGUGCUCAAUGCCUACGUGACCCAUCUCCAUGCCGAGUACAGUCGACAGAAGGACAUCUACCUAGCACAUCGUGUGGCCCAAGCUUGGGAACUGGCCCAGUUCAUCCACCAUACCUCCAAGAAGGCUGACGUGGUUCUAUUGUGUGGGGACCUCAACUUGCACCCCAAGGACCUGGGCUGUCGCCUGCUGAAGGAGUGGACGGGGCUGCAUGAUGCCUAUCUCGAGACCCGGGACUUCAAGGGCUCUGAAGAAGGCUGUACAAUGGUACCCCAGAACUGCUACGUCAGCCAGCGCGAGCUGGAGCCGUUCCCGUCUGGCAUCCGCAUCGACUACGUACUUUUUAAGGCGGUUUCUAGGUUCUACAUCUCCUGUAAGACUCUCAAGACUACUACAGGCCAUGACCAUCACAGUGGCACCCCCUUCUCUGAUCAUGAGGCCCUGAUGGCUACUCUGUGUGUGAGACACAGCCCCCCGCAGCACAACCCCAGCCCUACUCACGGAGCAGAAGAGAGGUCACCGUUGAUCAGUGUGCUAAGGGAAGCCUGGACAGAACUGGGCCUGGGCAUGGCUCAAGCUCACUGGUGGGCCACCUUUGCUGGCUACGUGACUGGUCUCGGGCUGCUUCUCCUGGCCUUGCUGUGUGCCCUGACGGUUGGAGGAGGGGUCAGGGAAAUUGCCUUACUGCUCUGGGCCCCCAGUGUAGGAUUGGUGCUGGGGGCCAGUGCAGUCUACCUCUUCCACAUGCAGGAGGCCAAGGGCUUAUAUCGGGCCCGGGCUGAGCUCCACCAUGUGCUGGGAAGGGCAAGGGACGCCCAGGACCUGGGCCCAGAGUCUCAGCCAGCCCCGCUCUUGGGGCAGCAGGAGGGGGAUAGAGCUGAGGAACAAUAAAGCUUGACACUUUU